AAUUGUAUUCAAAUUUACAAAAAGUUAUUUUGUAAAUAAGUUUUAUUUUUGAUAUGUAUCUUGUGUGUUGAUAGUGAAUGGUGAAUAGUUAAAAUACGAGUUAUAAGAUCCAUGCUGAAAGAUCUAAAUACUCCGUAACAUUACUUGAUCUUUAAAUAGUUUCUACGUCUGCAAAGACGAUACUAAAAUGCCGCACAGUCAUUGCCAUGGAGAACAUGAUCACGACCAUAGUAAUCCGGCAGAGCUAGGUUUGCAGUAUAAUCUCUUUGCUAAGAUUGAUAAGGAUAACUUGCAGUGCCUUAAUGAAACCAUUGAUGGAUCUGGAAAAACAGUUUUCAAACCAUGGGAAAAUAGAUUGGAUAGAAACGAGUUUGUUGAAAGUGAUGCAGAUGAAGAAUUACUAUUUAACAUACCAUUCACUGGGAAUAUUAAAUUAAAAGGUAUUAUUGUUGCCUCAGAGGACACAGAAGCCCAUCCCUCAAAGUUAAGACUGUACAAGAACAAACCUAACAUGACCUUUGAUGAUGUUUCAAUGGAGCCUGAUCAAGAAAUAGAAUUACAUAAGGACAGUGAAGGAAUACUUGAAUAUGCUCCAAAAAUAGUAACAUUUUCAUCAGUAUCACAUUUAACAAUGCAUUUCCCUACAAAUUUUGGUGCAGAGACUACAAAAAUUUACUAUAUUGGACUUAAAGGAGAAUGGGCUCCAGGUCAUAAUCAUGGAGUCACCAUAUGCACCUAUGAGGCGAGACCUAAUCUAGAUGAUCAUAAACUGAAACAUUUAGAUUCAGUCACUAAACAUAUUCAAUAAUACAAAGUAUUAUUUGGACUAAAUGAAAACUAGAUGUUAGAGGACAAAAACAUAAUUUAUGUUAUUUGAAUAAAGCAUUUAUAAUUUAUUAAA